AUGGACGCACGAGCGAACAGAAACGCGGGCGGACUCGGAGCAGCCCCUCGCUCAACCGCUGUCCCCGGCUCCUCCCACUCCAAUAAGCUUGAGACCGACGCCAGCAAGACGCCGGUAAUUGCUUCACCAAUGAGGCCUUUGACAAGCACCGACACGCCUUCAAACAUUGCACAUGUGCCUCCAUAUCCAACCCCAGUCAGCAUAUUGGCACCUCCACGCAACACCAGCUCGACCGUUUCUUCGAGACCUCUGGCCAACACAUCCAUUCUCCCCGUUGGUACCAACCCCAUGGUCUACACAGUCAACACCACCGCUCUCCCCGCGAGUACCAACCGCUCAGCGCUUGAACCACCACCUACCUUACUACCAGCACCACAACAACAGCAACUACACGAACGUACCCUACAUCACCAGCAGGAACUACUGUUACAACAGAUAAGGCAGCAACAACUGGAGCACAUGCGCCAACUUGGACAACUCUGGCUGCCACCACCGCUACAGCAGGGACAACUGCCGUCACAACCACGACACGCACAUGGCCAACAGCAGGAACAACAUCAACUAUUGGCACAACAGCAACUGCAUUACUUUUACCGCCUACAACAACUCGGCUUACUAUCACUGCUACAACAAGGGCAAGGGCAAGGCCCGCAACGGCAACAACCACCACGCCCACAUGCUCAACAGAAGCAACAGCAGGUACAGCCUCAGCCGAAAGCACAGACAGAACAACCUCGACAGCAAGGACAGCCAGAACAGCAAGUGCAGCAGGUACAGCAGGUACAGCCGGUAGAGCCUCAACAUCAACAUCAAGGACAACAAGAACAACAGCAAAACCAGCCUCAACAGGAAGAAAAGCAAGGGCAGCAAGGACAACAAGGAGAACCUGGAGAAAAAGAACAGCCUCAACAGCAAGAAUCCCAAGAGCAGCAAGAAGAUCAAGAACAACAGCAACAACUGCACCUAAUGCACCAAAUACAAGAACUCGUAGCACUCUUACAACAAGACAAAAAACUAGAACUACCGCAACAGCAACAGUUGCAGAACCUACUACAGCAACUACGACCACCACAACUGCAUCCCCCUUCUUCCUUCUCCGCCCCUGCCUUUUGGUCCCCCCUCCCAUCCCAUAUCUCAUCCCAAACCCAAACCCAACGCUCCAGCUCUACCUCCACCAAAACCCCGAAUCCCAAUCCCUCCCCCUUCUCCGCUACCGCCAUCCCCGGUAUUACCUUGUCCGGUACCGUCUUCCCCGAUACCGCCACCCUCCCCGGUGUCCCCUUCCCCGGUACCACCAUCCCCGGUGCCACCCUCCCCAGUACCGCAAUCCCCAGUGUCCCCAUCCCCGGUACCACCAUCCCCGGUGCCACCCUCCCCAGUACCGCAAUCCCCCACCUCCUCCCCGGCAUCCACCUCAGCCCCGAGAACUACGACCGCUACCGGAUAUUAGUACAUAACCUCCAUUUCCAGCACAUCUUCCGGACCGACCCCGCUCUUGCUUUGGCUUUCCAUGACGAGUUCAAUACGCGCAUGGAGCUGCAAAGACUGUUGCCGGAUAGUCGACCGCCGAAGCGGUUUGUGAGUGGGCGGGAGGUGCAGAGACGGCCGCUGAGUCGGGAGGAGUGGGUGGCGGAGAGGGAGAGGAGGGAGGAGAUGAGGAGGGAGGAAAUGAGGAGGGAGGAGAUGAGGAGGGAGAGAGAAAAAGAAAAAGAGAAGAGGGGGGUGAGUAGCUCUAGGGGGAAGGGGCAAGGUCAGGGGCAGGGGCAGGGUGCUGCCACACCUAGAGUUGGUGGGAGUGCUGCUGCUGAUGGCAGUGGAAGAGGAGGUAGUGCUACCGGAAGGAGUGCCAGUGCCGGUGUCAGUGUCACUUCCAGUGGAACAGGGAGUGGAGAUAUGAGAGGAGGAGCUACGGCCGCAAAUCUAGGAGGAAGAGCGCCGGCGACAGCAGCAAAGAUGGCGGGAAUCGGCACAAGUUUCGGUCCUCCGCGUGUUGCUAGUGAGUGGAUCAACAACGGAAGCAGCAAGCGAAAGGCGGCCGCCGCCACCGCCGGCCCAGGGACGGAAACCAGACCGGAGAAGAGACCGAAAACGGAGGUAAACACGGAAAAAAUGAGAACGGCUAGUGCUCAGAAACCUGCUACCUCUACCUCUACGCAGCAGGGGACUAGAGGGGUCCAGAAGCCCGAGGGAAUGCGCAGAUUUUUGUUGAAAAAAGGGAAGUAGCACAUAGGUUGGUUGCUCUGGGGUUGGAUACCUGACAUGCUAUGGCAAUUUUGAAGGAAAAAGCG